CAAAAUAAAAUAAAAUUUCUCACACUCAUUCUUUCUGUCUUUUUGUUUCGCUUCACUCCCCACCAGUACAUCUCCUCGCUGGCCGUCUCUAAAUCUUGAGCAGCUUAUCUCAUCUCUCUCUUCUUCUUCUUCUUCCCCAUUAGAAUUUCUUGUAAAAGUUUUGGGCUUUAAUCUCCAAACGGGUCACUUCCCUUUCUUGCCAUAGCUUAUCUUUUACAACAAUUAAGCCCGAAUUUUUUGCGUAAAGAAACAAAUCUACAGCUAACCCGGCAAUCAGUUUCUUUCCUUCUUCUCUCUGAUUUUCCUCCAAUCGAUUUCUCAACAGUGACAUCACGGCUCAAUCUGUCUCUGUGUUUAUCGUUGAGAUUUAGUCAAAAUGCAGACCCUUUUGAGAAGCCCAUUAAAGCUUUGAUUCUUUUGUACCUACUUGUAUCUUGGGGUUGUUGGCAAGCCAUUUACUACUGUGAUCUUUUUCAGCAAAAAAUUCAAUGAGGAGAUUCUUGAAGAGUAUUGGCUUCUCACGCGCUCUUUGGUGGCAAAUUCUUGUCCAAAAUUUGUAUCUCAUUGUGGGUUUUUGAGGUGCAUGCUCUUUUUCUACUCAACUCUCAGGAAACUGAGGGGAGCUCCAUUGCCGCCUGCUGCAAAUACCUCAAGAUUUAGGGCUUUGUACUGAAACCCUUCGGCUGUAUCCGGACAAAGAUCAGACUGUUAUAAUCUCGCUGCUCAUAUUUGACCCUUUGAAGAAGAAAGAGGAGGUUGAAAGAGAUUCUUGGUUGCCUUAAUUUCGGUUUAUUUCGUUUAUGUGUCAAUGGGUUUAUGGCGAAGAAUCAAGGUUUUAAUUCCUUUUGAGCUAAAAAGAUUCGCAGACCAAGCCCUUUGAGUCUUUGGGAGAUAGCUUCUUUAACAAGGGUUCCAAAAGGGAAAAGCAAUCUGAAGAAGGCAUAAGAGUAGCAACGGUUGAAACCUUCAAAGUCACUUUUAUACACACAUUCUCUACUCUCAAGCUGACAGUAUAAUUUUUUUUCCUUUAUCAAGUAUCCGUUGUUCUAUUAAUUGGAGAGAUAUACGUGGCUGCUACGUCCAAGUUUUGAUUUUGAAGUCCAAGGCCAGAGGUUUUGAAGCUUAAUUUCAAGAAAUUUAUUGCACAUUUUCAGUUAUCAUUCUUUGGAUCCAAGGUUUUAUAACUAGAAACUCCUCAGGCUAUAUAUUGUCUUCCGGGAACUGAGAUUUUACCACAUUGGUUUGGGUAGCAUUGUGCUGAGUUUCAAAAUUUCAAAGCAUCGAUGGGGCUUCUAUUUCGAAGUCUCGCGAUGCUUUUCGUUGUGAUAUGGUUCUCACGGCUGCCUGAUCUUUCUGCACAAUCUUCAAGAGGCUCACCGCAUGCCCUUGAUGCUCUUCUUCAAGAUUAUGCUUACAGGGCUUUUGUUCAUCCAAAGACCGGUGUUACCUUUGAUGGUCAGGUUCCCUUGAAUUUGACUGGAAUUCAGAUUGCAGCUAUGAGGCUCAGGAGUGGUAGCUUGUACAGAAGAGGUGUUGCGAUGUACAAAGAGUUUGAGAUCCCCCAGGGUGUCACUGAGAGUCCAUAUGUGGAGAGGCUUGUUUUGGUGUACCAAAACUUAGGCAAUUGGUCAAUGGUGUAUUACCCAUUACCUGGUUACUCUUACUUAGCUCCAGUGCUCGGUCUUCUUGCUUAUGAUGCUAGCAACUUAUUAGCCACAAAUUUGCCAGAAUUGGAUAUCAGGGCAUCUGGUGAUCCCAUAAAAAUCAAAUUCCAGGAUGUGAAACCAACCCCUGCAGGGACCGUGGCAAAGUGCGUUUCGUUUGAUUUGGAUGGUUCGGUCAAUAUCAGCAAUGUGGCAUCAGGCAAUAUAUGCUCAACAAUCCAACAGGGGCACUUCUCUAUAGCAGUCGAGUCCAUUGCUCCUUCUCCAGCACCAGUCUCUCCUAGUCCUAACCCUGCUGGUGAAAGUCCAAAUGUAACCCCAAGCCCUAGUGCUGGAAAGAAGAAGAAUAAUUCUAAAGUGUGGAUAAUUGUUGGGUCUGUGCUGGGUGGAUUAGCAUUGCUGGCAUUGUUGUUCUUCCUAGUACUUUGGGUGCAUAAGUACAGGGAAAAGAAGAGUUUGCAACAGAUGGAGAAGGCUGCAGAUGUAGGAGAAGCCUUGCAUAUGACCUCAGUUGGAGAUACAAAAGCACCUGCAGCAACAUUUACUCGAACACAACCGACCAUCGAGAGCGAAUAUGUUCCUUGACUUCCCACCAUUUUGUACAAGCCUCCACUUCUUUCCAACCACCAUUCAUAUUCAAGUUCAAUUCCUGUAUUCAGAAAUUCAUCUAAUCACACCUUUUUUUGGUGGUGUCUCCUUCUACGCGUUGCUUGUUCUCGGUAGAUUCUUUGUGUCACUGUGGGUAAUCUAGGAUUUAAGUGUAAAUCUGUUAUCACUCACUGAUAGUUACUAGUAUGAUUCAUUGUGGUGUGAAACUGUGAAUUUAGCCCAAAGUGAUCCUAUAUGUGAUGAUUUUAGUUGUUUCAUUGAGAAGAAAUUAUUAUAAGUUUCAUUGUCCCCAGAAUGUACCUUGGAGAUCAUUGUCCCCUCUUUCAAGUUAUGGGCGAGUAAGAGUGAAGUA